AUGUACAAGACUAACAUCGGGAUGAUGCCCCAACUUGACUUGACUAGAGACGGUCUCGCAAGCGGUUCCUUUCUUAAGAACCUCAACUCGGGGGAUGUCCCGCGCACUGCACAGAGUGCUAAGUCUCCCUACAGCGCUAAUGCGCUUCCUCCGGGAACACCGUCAUCAGCGGUCAGCAGAAGUCCUGCGGCGUCCUCCUCCUGUUCUCUCUCCUCCGGCAAUUCUUUUACGGGAAUAGAUUCUAAUAGCAAGUCGACUCGUAUGCGCGAUUUCUUCUCCAGAAGCAAAGAGAGCCUUACUUCUAGGUCCACGAAAGACGUGCAAGACGACGGAGAGUCUUUCUUUGACGAUAUAUUCGAUAGAAAGGCCGCGUUUCAGAAGCCGUUUGCAAAACCAGCAAGCUCAUCUUCUAACCUACUUCUCUCGCCUAGUCCUCCUCCAAAGCGGACUAAUUUAUCCUCGUCUCACAAUAUGGAGGAAGAAAACUGGGAUGAGGAAUCCGAUGAACCAUUCCCAGAAGGCCAAACAAUCCUGUUCACGUUCAGUGACGGUCUCUUGGAUAGAUUCAGGGGGAGUGCCACUAUAGAGCAUUGCCGUCAAAAGCACCCUCAAGAUGCUUCUUCGGAGGGAGGUUUCGAUGUGUGUCACACAAGCAUCCGUUCUGUGGAAUCCUUGAGGUCCCUCUCGACUCCCUCGACCCCAGUCAACACACCCAUGAAAGAUAAAUCGAGUACUCGAGAUGGAAUCAAGGAGGCCGUCCGAAAAUUCAAUAUGAAGAAACCUAAACACGAUCCCGACGCGUCUUUCCUGAAGAUGUAA